UAAAGUUUAUGAUAAAGCAUUUAAUUUGAGUUGUCUGCACUUUUGAAAACAAAACAUUAAUCAAAUACUGCGGUUAAUGAUUUGUAUCCCCCAAACUAAUAGACACUGUAAAUAAGAAUGGAUGUGCUAAUGUUAACCUUGUGGAUAUUAAUUGGAUUGAUGUAUUCCACAACGUCAGCCAAGCAUUGUCCACAACAAUGUGAAUGCCUAGAACAUGAGAUAGUGUGUAAGGAUAUACCAAUAUCUGAUGUUCCCUUGCACAAGGGAGUGACGCAGGUCCAACUGAGCAAUCUAGACCCGAGUCGCCUGUUUUUGGAGGUGUUCAUGACAAAUUUAUUAUGGACACACAUACAAUCACUGGACAUAACAUGCAUCGGUCAGCAACAACUAAUCAACGGUGUUUUUAAGGGUUUAGGAAAUCUCACAAAACUAGGCUUUCAUAGUGAGAAUUUACAUCACAUGGAUAGUGAUGUAUUUCAAGGACUAGAUUCUUUAAAAGAGUUGGAUUUUUCUGGACAAAAACGCCUGUUCCUGGAAGAGUUAUUGCCAAGUUUGAGAAACUCGGACUUAGUCCAUCUUGAAAAGGUUGCCUUGUCAUAUAUACAGAAUCCCCGUGUGAAAACUAUAGAACUUGACAUGGAUUUCUUCAGAAGCUUGAGCGGAAGUAGGAAGAGGAAUAUCAAGUAUAUUGAUAUAUCCCAUGUUCACAUUGGUACAUUAGACUUUGCUUCGUUUGUAAAUGCAGGAUUAUGCCAGUCGGUAGAAGAAAUAGUUUUUCGGUAUAAUCAUUUCCAAAACUUCUACAACCAUAUGAUUCCAACUUGUGAAAGUUUAAAGAUCUUGGACAUAAGCUAUUCAUCAAUUCCAAACUUGUUUGAGUUCUAUCUUGAAGACAUAGACUUCAUUUGCCAGGCGGCAAGCUUCUUUUUUAAUAUAGAAGAGAUAUACAUGGACUCGAUGCUAGUGACUCUUCCUUUCAAGGAAACAUCGGAACUUCAUUUUAAAGACUGCCCAUUAAGGCUACGAAAAGUGUCUUUAGCUGACAAUCGGCUUGAGUUUAUAAACAUUUCUGUUCCUGAUAUGAGUGAUGUGAUGAGAGAAAGCUUAAGUUGGAUCGAUAUAUCGGCGAAUCAGAUCGAAUAUCUAUCACCAGGACUAUUUUCACCAUCAGUGAACUUGCAACAUCUAAAUAUCUCGUAUAACAACCUAGGAAAGAUGCUGACGAUACAUACCCAAGACUUUGAAACAUUUUUAAUGAAUAACAAUGAACUUCGUUUUCUUGGCUUAUCUGGAAACAACAUUAACAAAUUGCCGUUUCUCACGCUUCAAAAUAAAAGCAAACUUGUGGACCUUGACUUGUCAGACAACAAAUUGGUGGAUUUAAACUUCAAUGUAGAUGAUCUGAAGAGUUUGCGUACACUUAACUUAAGUAAGAACAUGAUGAAAUCAUUAAGCGUAGUUUUAAUGAAUACGUUUGAUCUUAUGUCUAGAACAAACGGAUCUUUGCGUCAUCUAGAUCUAUCCCGUAACCCAUUUGAGUGCUCCUGUGAGGAAAAACAUCAGGAAACAGUAGAAUGGAUCAGAAAGCAAUCUGGAGCAUUGAUUAAAGAUUCUAUUUCUAAUUAUGCAUGUCACUUAAACGAGAAGAAAAUAGCCUUUCUUAAAGACGAAGAUUUUGCCUUUGUUAUAAACUAUUGCAAAGUACAAAGGAUAAAGGUCAUUAUCGCUAUAGUUGUUCCCUUGCUUGUUGUUUUGGGGGUUGUGUUUGUGACAGCAUUUGUGCUCGUGAGACGAAAAAGGCAAAGACAGAUUUCAAGACAAAAAUUAUUUGACAACAUUCAACUGGGUCAGUUCCGAAAAAAGUAUCUUGUUUUCCUAUCAUAUUGUUCGGAGGAUGCCGAUCUGGUUGAAACCAAAAUCAGACCUGGCAUUAGAGCAGGUCUUAGGGAUUUGACGCAGUAUAGCGGUGAGUUGAUCUGCUCAGGUGAUCUCAAUUUUAGACCCGGGUUCCAGAUAGGGGAAGAAAUAAUAAGAUGUAUCGAGGACUCUGCCGUAACAAUAAUUGUGGUUUCUAAUUCAUUUUGCUUCAAACAGUGGUGUAAAAGAGAGGUACAGGAAUCAUACGAUCAGAACAGCCCUGUGAUAAUUCUGCUUGUUGAACAUGUAGAGCCAGACUUGAUGGGGACAGUUCUUACGAAGUUGUUUAAACGGUUUUCGCAUGCGUCAUGGAUUUCUGACUCUGAUGGAGGCCACAUUGAACCAGAUUGGCCUAUACUUUGCCAGUCAAUUAUUGAUCUUGCUUCAUGCCAAACGUGAUCAGUCGCUGAUAAAUGUGUCUAACCAUGUGUUUUACUGCAACUGUGUGUUACGAAAAAAAACCAAGUCACACUCCCAGUUAUUCUGAUUAUUCUUAUGUUGUAGUGAAAAGGGAAAUUCAACUUCUGUUGCCACAAUGUUUUGACAUAACGAUUUUAUCUGAAGACUGCCUAUGCCGUACGUCACUGUGUUUCACUAAUUCAUCGUAGAUUUAAGAUUAAGUGUUAUUAAUACGUCUGCUUCAUCGUUCAAUACACUAGCAUCACUUUUUAUCAGCAUCAAUUAACCUUGACAUGUCAGGAUUUUAUUGCAGUUAUGUCAGUUUUUUAAUUAUAUUUUAACAUUUGUUCCUGAAUAUAAUUAUGACGUCACUAGCUCUUGACGAAGGUCACUUUAAGCCUAAAAUAAAAUGGUAAAUGAUUUCCCUGCCAUUAUUGUUCUUUUAUAUAGGUUUGCAUUUCUCCUUAUUCGACUGUAAAAUUUGUAUAGUGUUUGUUUCCGCUGUGUUUUAUGUUUACAAUUAACAUUCAAGCAAAAGUGCGAAAUCAUUUAGCUAUUUCUUAACUGUUAACUAUCUGUUUUUGCACACGUAUAAUAUGACACUUUCUUUCAUGCAGUUCGAUUAUGUAUUGAGUU